CUUUUGCCAAAAAGAGAACAAAGAAAAAACGCUAAAGAAAAACCUCUCUUUGUUACAUGUGACAUCAAAAUACCUUUUAUAGUUUUUUUUUCUCUCUCUCUCUCUAGUGUGCUUUCGAUCUUCUUCUUUCCGAGGCAGAGCUUCCAAUUUCAACAGCAUGACAGAUAACCAACAACCAAUAUUGGAUAAAGAGGUAACUUCUGUUGAUGAACUGCCUUUAGCUAAUCUAAAACGCUGGCAAUGGUGGUUCUUGGUGGCACUCAACAUCCUUUUCCUCGUUGUGGGUCAAGCUGCUGCUGUUUUACUUGGGAGAUUUUACUAUGAUAAAGGUGGAAAUAGUAAAUGGAUGGCAACUGUUGUUCAAACUGCUGCCUUCCCGAUUCUCUUUAUCCCACUCUUCCUUUUCCGUUCCACCAAGGAUACUUCCACUUCCACUAACCCGCCUUCCAUUCUAUUUCUUUUGUUGAUUUAUUUUUCACUUGGAUCCCUUAUAGCUCUCGAUAACUGGAUGUAUUCAACUGGGCUUUUAUACCUUUCUGCCUCCACUUACUCACUUAUUUGUGCUAGCCAAUUAGCUUUCAAUUCAGUUUUUUCCUACUUCAUCAACUCUCAAAAGUUCACCAUUUUAAUUUCGAAUUCCGUCGUUAUUCUUUCCUUGUCUUCUGCACUUUUAGCUGUGAACGACGAUUCAGAACGUCCUCCUGGAGUCUCUAAUUCGAAAUAUUUCAUUGGAUUCAUUAGCUCCCUUGGCGCUUCGGCAUUAUACUCUUUACUGCUUUCUCUUAUGCAGCUUACCUUUCAAAAGGUUUUGAAGAGGGAGACCUUUUCUGUGGUCUUGGAAAUGCAAAUCUAUACAUCCUUGGUUGCCACAAUUGUAUCUGUCGUUGCUCUUUUCGCUAGUGGGGAAUGGAAGAGUUUGCCUCAGGAAAUGGCAAGUUUCGGUACAGGUCGAGUUUCAUAUGUUUUGACAUUGGUGGGGACAGCCGUUGCUUGGCAGACUUGUUCGGUCGGUGUUGUUGGCUUGAUUUUCAUUGUGUCUUCUCUGUUCUCCAAUGCAAUCAGUACCGUCUCUUUAGCUGUUACACCCCUUGCAGCUCUUGUAGUUUUCCAUGACAAGAUGAAUGGCGUGAAGAUCAUUGCUUUGCUGCUCGCGGUAUGGGGUUUUGUGACAUAUUUAUAUCAAAACUAUAUUGAUCAGUCCAAGGCACAAAGAAGGCAAAACAGAACUGACGAACCUCAUGACGAGGGAUCCCUUUGUUGAUGGACCAUCUGAUGCAGCCUGAACAUAUAGCUCAUGAUUUUUUAGUAGUUUUUGCACACAGAUUAUCUGAAAUCUCCAUUUUUUUACAAUAAUCUUAGUUAACAAAUUCCAGAUAGACAAGCCGUGGACGAAGUCACUCGGUACUCAGGUACGUCAGACCAUUCAUUUGAUAUAAAACCUUUGUAAUUAAAAUAGCUUAGUCUUGAACCAUUACUCAUCUGUGGCAUUCAUGAUGUCCAUUGAUUUACUUAGUUUCAUGACAGCAUGAAAACUUGUGAAUUAAGUUUGUGAUAGCCAAUACUAUGUCGAAAAUGGGUAAACAAUACAAUUUAUUAUUUGUCA